AUGCACCUCUACACAGCCCUCUUCAUCCUGGCCGCUCUGGCCUGCCCCAUCGGCGUGGCCACUCCCCUCCAAGACGCCUGCGCCGCCACGACGACCCACGGCCAGCCCACUCGAAAAUGGGGCCCGCCCAGCUCCUCUGACCAGACCUUCCCCGACCACGGCACCUACCUCCGGAUGCUGCGCGACCACGCGGUCCCGGACGAGCUCGACUGCCUCUCGAUCAAGCCCUCGGGGGCGCCUCGGCCGGAAGUGGAAAAAGCGAUCGACGGCUUCUGCAAAGGCACGAUCGGGCCGGAGAUGAGAGUGAUGGGGGAUCACGACACGUCGUUUUUGAUGGACACGAUCGUCGUUCCGGGCGCCGGCGCUGGUUCAUGCGGCGGCGGCGGUGAUGCGAGGAAUGUCUCGGUGGAGCUCAGCGUGAGGGUCGAAUGGCACUUGGAGACGGUGUUGGGGCAGGACGCGUGCGUGGAGCGGUUCCGCAGGAUUCUCAGUUGUUGCGACGCCUCGGGAGGCGGCCACUUGUGGACCGAAGGGGUGUUGUAUUUCAUAGUCGAGUCGCGGGCUUUGACAGAUGCCGACCGAGCAAAGUUACUCGGGUUGGGUCUAUAA